AUGAUCAAUCUGCGACAGUGCCUGGUUGCAAUGGCGACCGCUGGCACCGCGCUAGCUGCAUCGUCCUAUGUGACGCUUGAGGUUCGAAACGCUGGAGUGCCUGCUGGUCAAUUGAAGAACGUCAGCGGAAUUGAAAUCUACCACUCGUACCCACCCAACAGCAACACCUCAGCCAAGGCCAUCAUUCACCUUACCGAUAUCUUCGGUCUUCCAUUGUUGCAAAACAAGCUCCUCGCAGACUCCAUAGCCAGCAAUGGCUACCUAGUCCUUGUCCCCGACCUCUUUGCUGGAGACCCAGUGGGCGUCGAAGAGCAAGAAGCAGGUCUCAACCUUACCGAGUGGCGCGCACUGCAUCCUCAAUCGGCCAUCGAGGCCGUCAUCAACAGCACGAUUCAGUAUGCGCGGAAUGAGCUCGGUAUCGAGAAGCUCGGCGGCGUAGGGUACUGUUUCGGCGGAAAGUACGUUGGAAGAUGGCUGAAAGGAGAUGAUAGCGGUCUGGACGUAGGAUUCGUCGCCCACCCUUCGAAUCUUCUGGAGACGGAGAUCCAGGCCAUUGCUGGGCCGCUGAGUAUUGCUGCAGGCAGUGAGUUCAUUGUUUCGAUAUAUCUGCGUCUUGAGUAUGUGGGGAAGCUAACGAGAACAGCACUCGAUGCAAGUUUCAAUGCUACGGCGAAGUCGAGGGCGGAGAGCAUACUGAACGCAAACAACAUCACUUUUCAGACGAAUCUGUACUCGCAGGCUCCGCAUGGGUUUGCGGUGAGGCCGAACUUGACGAUCCCCCAGCAAGCGUAUGCGAAGCAGGCGAGCCUUGUGCAGGCGGUGACAUGGUUUGACGCAUGGCUAUGA